AAAAUCGUAUUCUCCAAGAAUGUAUUCGUUUAUCAAAUGUUCCAUUAUUAUCAUCAAUAGUAAAAUCAUAUAAAAAUGUCAAACCAUUGAAAGAUUAUACAAUAUUAAAUAUUCAACAUGAAUUAGGUGAUGUAAGUGCACAAGUAGAAGCUUUGAUAGUUCUUGGUGCAUUACCAAAUAAUUUUUACUUUCUUCCUCCAUCUUAUUCACAUAAUAAACAAUUUCAAUUAUUUUUAAUAAAACAUUUUCGAAUUCCAAAAGAAAAAUUUUUGAAUUACCAUCCUAUCGUUUAUUAA